UCUAUCCAUAGCAAGAGGAGGAGAAAGAAGAACACAGCAGCAGCAGCAGCCAUGGCCGCCGGUGCCGCGCACGUCGCCACCGCCAAGCUGCGACGCGCAACCUUCAUGGCGAGCACUCCACCACCAGCGCAAGGCCGGGCAUACCCCUCCGGCGGCCAGCUGGAGCUCAUCCGCUCCGGUGUCGUCCGCGCCAUCCCGCCCAAGGACGCCGCGGCCGCUCUGCGGACCGAAGACUUCCGCCUCCUGGACGUCAGGCCGGCGUGGGAGUACGAGAAGGCCCGCGUCGGGGGGUCGCUUCAUGUCCCCUUCUUCGUGGCGGACACCGACCCCACCCCCGUCACGCUGCUGAAGAAGUGGGUGCACUUCGGCUACAUCGGGCUGUGGACGGGUCAGCAUCUCACCACCAUCAACGAGCAGUUCCUCCCUCAGGUGGAAGAGCUGGUGCCCGACAAGGAGGACAAGCUCCUCGUGGCCUGCGGUGAAGGACUCAGGUCGAUGAUUGCGGUGAGGGCACUGCACAAUGGAGGGUACAAGAACUUGGGGUGGCUGGCCGGAGGAUUCAACAGGUCCGGCGACGGUGAUUUCUCCGAAGUGCAGGGAACAUCUAAGCUGCAGUACGCCACUGUCGGGGGAGCGUCGUAUCUCUUCCUGCAGUUGCUUCUGUUGCUGAAGGUGAUCGGCAAGGAGAACUGAGGCAGCCGAGUUCAUGCUCACUUCUCCACUGGGAGGUGACUUGUACUUGUUUUGGAAUCAUGUGGCUUCUGAACGCUCCAUUGAUGAAUGAGUUGGUGCUCAUCAAAGAGCCAUUUCUUGAGAAACACUAACUGUUUACGCUUAUCCUUGAAAACUAUGGUAUAGUAUUCUGGUGAUUAACAGAUA